CUUCUGGGGCCAGCGUCAGACCUGUCUCCAAUUCUGCAGGACCGGCCAGCAUGGGAGGACGGAAGAUGGCAAGAGAUGAAGAGAGUGCCUAUGGUUCUGAAGACUCCACGCAGGCCCUGCAGGAGCCCAGGCUGAGACUCAUCCUGGCCGGGAAGACAGGGACAGGGAAAAGCGCCACAGGGAACACCAUCCUGGGCCACAGGCGCUUCCUCUCCAGGCUCGGGGCCACCACAGUGACCAGAACCUGCGAGGUGCAGAGUCGCAGAUGGGGCCAGUGGCACUUGGAAGUCAUGGACACCCCAGACAUUUUCAGCUCCCAAGUCCCCAAGACAGACCCGGGGUGCAAGGAACGGGCCCGCUGCUACCUGCUGUCAGCGCCCGGGCCCCAUGUGCUGCUCCUGGUGACUCAGCUGGGCCGCUUCACUGAGCAGGACCAGCAGGCGGUGAGAGCGCUCAAGGGCCUGUUCCGGGACCAAGUGAUGGCACGCACCAUCGUUCUGUUCACGCGCAAGGAGGACCUGGGGGGGGGCUCACUGCGGGAGUAUGUGCGGGACACGGACAACCGUGCGCUGCGAGCACUGGUGGCUGAAUGCGGGGGCCGCGUGUGCGCCUUCAACAACCGGGCGGUGGGUGGGGAGCAGGAGGCCCAGGUGCAGGAGCUGCUGGACCUGGUGGAGCGCCUGGUGCAGGACCACGGAGGCGCCCCCUACUCCAACGAUGUGUACCGCCUGGUGCAGGAGCUGUCCCAGGAGGACCCUGAGGAGCGGAGGCGCAGGGUGGCCGAGAGUCUGGCAGGCCUGGCGCUGGGGUGGCAGAGGCGCUGGUGGUGGGACUGGUGGCUCCCCUGGAUGUCGCUGCCAAGGAUGCUGCGCUGGGCCAUGCUGCUGGGCGUAGUGGUCCUGGUUUACCAGCUGGCCAGACACUGGCCUGAGGCCAUUGUUGAGGUCCCUCCUGAGUGA